AUGCACUUGGCAAACAAUAAGCUUGAGGGAGAGCUAUUAAUUGCCUUGAGAAGUUGCAAAUCCUUACCUAUUUUGAAUCUGGAAGGAAACAAAUUCUCUGGUAGUAUUCCUUCACGGAUGGAUAACAAACUAGAAGGAAAAAUCCCACCAAUUUGGGAAAAUUUCAGUGAAAUCAUGAGUGACCAACUAACGAAGUCCGGUUUGGUAUGUGACAAUUUAGAGUAUCGAUAUGCAAUUUGUUACGUAAGCUAUGUUAGACAAGUCACAAAAUCAAGUAGUCGAAACUACUCGUAUUUACAGUUAUAUUCAAUGGUGAAUGUAGACCUCUCAAAUAACAACUUAUAUGGACGUAUUCCAAGUGAAAUAGCCACAAUAGCAAACUUGUUCAACUUAAAUUUGUCGCAUAAUCAUCUGUCGGGGACAAUUCCUAUGGAGUUUGGAAGAUCGCUAGCAUUGGAAUCUCUUGACCUCUCUUUCAAUCAACUCUCUGGGUCAAUUCCAAAUAGCAUGUCAAGCUUAAGUUCACUAGGCGUGUUGAAGUUGUCCAACAACAAUUUCUCUAGAUGCAUUCUUCGAGAAGGUCAUCUUUCAACCUUCAAUGAUCCAUCCAGUUAUGAAGGUAAUCCAUAUCUUUGUGGAGAUCCACUCUCUGUGGUAUGCUCAAAUACAAAUUCCGACAAGCCUUCAAUUGAAAUCGACAAUUUUAAUAAUGAUAGUCAUGAAGAAGAUAAGUUGGAGAAAAUGUGGUUUAGGAUUAUUGUGAUGCUUGGAUUUGCUUUGAGAUUUUGGGGAGUUGUUGGACCUUUAAUAUUAAAGAGAAGUUGGAGGCGUGCUUAUUUCCAAUUUAUGGAUGAGACCAAAGACAAGAUCUAUGUUGCAAUAUUGGUCAAUAUGAAGAGGUUGAAAAAAUGA